GGGAGAGCGAGCAGCGAGCUAAAGCGCGGAGCGUGAGUGAGGGUGCCCAGCCGCCUGCCCGCCCGCUACCGCUGCCGCCGCCGCCUCCCUUUCGUAAGCAGGAGGCCCGGCCGGGGCCCGGCGCGUUGCUCUAGCCCCUCCCUCGUCGUCAGGCCGAGAGGGCAGCGAGAGCGAGCCAGGGGGAGGGAGAGCGAGCGCCGGGAGGAGGCGGCCGGACCGAGCGAGCGCCCGCGCGUGUGGCGUGAGGGGAAGCCGCCUGCCCGUCCCCUUCGCCUUCCCUUCUCUCCCCCCUCCCCGCUCCCCCCCCACCGCGGAGCAGCACCAUGUCGGCGCCGGCGGCCAAAGUCAGUAAAAAGGAGCUCAACUCCAACCACGACGGGGCCGACGAGACCUCAGAAAAAGAACAGCAGGAAGCAAUUGAACAUAUUGAUGAAGUACAAAAUGAAAUAGACAGACUUAAUGAACAAGCCAGUGAGGAGAUUUUGAAAGUAGAACAGAAAUAUAACAAACUCCGCCAACCAUUCUUUCAGAAGAGGUCAGAAUUGAUCGCCAAAAUUCCAAACUUUUGGGUAACAACAUUUGUCAACCAUCCACAAGUGUCUGCGUUGCUUGGGGAGGAGGAUGAAGAGGCACUGCAUUAUUUGACCAGAGUUGAAGUGACAGAAUUUGAAGAUAUUAAAUCAGGUUACAGAAUAGAUUUUUAUUUUGAUGAAAAUCCUUACUUCGAAAAUAAAGUUCUCUCCAAAGAAUUUCAUCUGAAUGAGAGUGGUGAUCCAUCCUCAAAAUCAACUGAAAUCAAAUGGAAAUCUGGAAAGGAUUUGACGAAACGCUCAAGUCAAACACAGAAUAAAGCCAGCAGGAAGAGGCAGCAUGAAGAACCAGAGAGCUUUUUUACUUGGUUUACUGAUCAUUCUGAUGCAGGUGCAGAUGAGUUAGGAGAGGUUAUCAAAGAUGAUAUUUGGCCAAAUCCAUUACAGUACUAUUUGGUUCCUGAUAUGGAUGAUGAAGAAGGGGAAGGAGAAGAAGAUGAUGAUGAUGAUGAAGAAGAAGAAGGUUUGGAAGAUAUUGACGAAGAAGGGGAUGAAGAUGAAGGAGAAGAAGAUGAAGAUGAUGAUGAGGGAGAGGAAGGAGAGGAGGAUGAAGGAGAAGAUGACUAAUAAGAACACUGAUGGAUUCCAACCUUUUUUUUUUUUUUAAUUUUCUUCAGUCCCUGGGAGCAAGUUGCAGUCUUUUUUUUUUUUUUCUUCUUUUUCUUUUCUUUUUCCCCUCUUGUGCUCAGUCGCCCUGUUCUUGAGGUCUCUUUUUCUCUCCUUUACACCAUGAUUCUCAAUUUAUUUUGGGGGUGGGGGGAAUAUCUUGAGCAGAUACAGUGGGAAAAGAAUCUCUACCCCUUUCUGUUCCCAAAUUAAUUUUUAUCCCUUCCUGUUUCAACAACUAUGGAAUCAACACACCACCGUGCUCUGUGGGAAAAAAAAAACAAACCUUCUGCUCCCUUCGCUCUGCUGGAAGCUGGAGGGUGCUAGGCCCCUGUGUAGUAGUGCAUAGAAUUCUAGCUUUUUUCCUCCUUUCUCUGUAUAUUGGGCUCAGAGAUUACACUGUGUCUCUAUGUGAAUAUGGACAGUUAGCAUUUACCAACAUGUAUCUGUCUACUUUCUCUUGUUUAAAAAAAAA